UUUUCUUUUUGCUUUAGGCUCCGUCCCCGACACAUUUCAUCCUUUCUCGAAUUUUUCCUUUUCAACGUCUUCCUCAAUGCCUCCUCCAACCGAAUCCUCUCUCCUCUCCGACCUUCAAACCUCCGAUGACUCCCAACGCCUCCAUUCUAUCGUCUCCGACUACCUCCGCCCCGUCUCCACCCUCGCAAAUUCCAAGAAAACCUCCAAGAAAGCCGACCAAACCACCGUCCGAUCCCUCGCCAAGCAGUUCUUGUCCUUCCUUUCCAAAUCUUUCCCAAUCAUCUACAACCGUCUCUACAUACAGAACCCUAGCCAACAACAACGAGACAUUCUUUCUCCUUUUUAUGAUACUUACCGACAAUGCUUAACUUGUCUCGAUUUCAUCUCUUCGCAGUUAGCCGGCGGUCCCCACAUGGUUCAGAUCCAGCGGUUGAAACUCGUUUACUGUUUACAAGCCUGGGGUCGAUACGAAGAGGGAGAGAGUGAGUCGUUUAGGGUUUUGGAGAGGCUUAGAGGAGAAGCCGAUUCAGAAGGGAAAUUCGUGCCGAGUAUAGAUGUUGGUGGCGGUGAUUCGAAGUUUGGAUCUGUUGUAGUAGAGGCGGUGGCUUCCGUUGUGAAAAAUGUGGCUAUGGGACAGAGUAAAGAUUGUGGGAAAUAUGAAAGAGUUCUUGCUUUGUUGGAGGAAGUUAGGCCUUGGUGCAGCCUUUUCAGGGAAUUAGAAUCCGUUGCCAUUGAGAAAUCGCACAAUGUGCUCGUUACCUUUCUGGGUAGAUGCUGUCGGUUUUUAGUUGAAGAGAUGAAUCAUUUUGGCGAGGAUUUGAUUCGCCGGUUCUACGUAGAAUGUUUGGCUGAGUAUUCAAGGUCGACAACGAAAGAUCAAGUUUAUAAGUUUGCCCGCAGAAUAUGUUCCUCUUUGUUCUCGCUAGAGGGGAGCGAGAGCUCAGUUCGUAUUGACUUAGUAACGUUUGUGUUGGCCUCCAUUUCCCGUGAAUGCAAGGUUGAAAUGGAUAAUGGUGCAAUAGAGUUUGUUGAACUUGCUGAUUAUUGUGCCAAUAAGUGUCGAGCUGCCGGUACAAUUUUUUGUAGUACUCUUGCAAGAAAUUUAAACAACAUGGCCGGUGAUUUUCAUCAGGCUACAACCCCUGUUGAUCUGAUACUGAGGCUUUAUGCAACUGGGCUUGAAUUCACUGAUGAUUUCACCACCUCCAAAGGUGCAGAAGACAAUUCUGCUAUUGAAGUUUUGUUUAUUGAAAGGGAUAAGCUGCACAAUUUGUCUGCUUUACUUGGUUCGCUCAGACAUUACUUUAACAUUGGUGAAAAAGAGACUUGCAUUUCAUCUGAUAUUGAAUAUAAGAAUUCUGUUAAUCAAAUGCAUUUGCAACCUGGGUCCAAGGGUCAGUGUUCUAUGACUUGCAAGGACAGAAAGGCUUGUAUAGUAAUGUACUAUAAUACACAGAAAUUCUUGUGUCAGCCACUUGCUGAACUAGUGAAUUCAGAGAAAAAGCGCAUACUUGCUGAAAUCGAAGCUUUAACAGAUUCUAGCAAGCUUUACACUAUCCAGGACGCAUUUUAUCAGUUCUGUGAUAGUUUCUUUUCUCUUAAACGCUGUACAUCUGAAUCAGAGAGAGAAGAAUUUGAUGAUGAUGAAGUGUUGGUAGCUAGUGUGAUUGCAGCUGGGUUCAUUCUUUCCAUUGGCACAAAGCUUAAAAUGCAGAAGAGUGUGUGUUUAAUCAAGCAAAUCAUUGGCAGUGGAUGGAUUCAAUCUCAGGGACUUAAAUAUCUCUUUGUCUCUCUGCAUAAUAUUGGUGUACUUAUGUACAGAAGUAAGCAAAUGAAAGAGGCUUUGAAGGCUUUAAAACUGUCUUAUAGAGCAUCAUGGACGAAUAUUCAACGUCUCUGUGAGAUGUUUACUCAUAAGAAGGGUUUUGAUGAUAAUCUGUCAGAAGAUGCUAUUAGAGGUUUGAUAACUGACGCAUGCACUAGAAGUGCUUUUCUUUUGGAAGUUCUCCAUGUAUGCGGCAAUCUUAAGGUGAAAAGAAUUAUUGUGGAGAGCCUUGAGAACUGGUCUUUGGCUGAAAAUUUGUUCAGACAGUUGCCAGGUCCUAUUCCUUUGAUAAAACAAUGGGUUAAGAUUCAGUGUAAACUUCAUAAAAAUGUGGAUGUAGAGGAUAGUGCUCCAACCUUAUGUUGUAUGCUGUUGUCUUCUACAAAAGUGUCAAAGAGGACAAUUGGCAUAAUUUUAGAGCAGGAGCUUCUUGCAUAUCAGGAAUUGAAUCAUGGGUACCCAGAUUUUUGUCAGAGAAUGCAAAAUAAAGUUAUUGAUUUGCUUAUGCAAGAUGUUUAUGCCACAGAAAAUAGUCCCUUAUGGAAAGCAAGAAUUUUAAUUAGAAAGGGAAGAGCACUAAGGAUUAAUGGGAUUGAAGCUUUGAAGAACUGUAUUUUGUGCUUGUCUGAAGCUAUAUCUAUUAUGAAAAACUUCUAUGGUGAAACACCUAUCCUGGGAACUACAGCCUGCCAUCAAUUAGCUGCUGCUUAUUGCUUACGUGCACUAUGUACCCAGGAAGCUGAACCAAACUCGGAGCAAGUUUAUCAAGAUAUCUGUGCUGCCUUAGAUAUGUGGUUGAGCAUAUUCGUUCCUGAUUCUUGCUCCAUGGAUGAUGAGUUCAAAAUGGUGUCUGGAAACACACUGCCACUGCUAUAUAAUAUACUUGAUUUGCUAUCAGUGAAGGGUUGGACAAAAUUGCACAGUAACAUACAUCAACUGAUAAUUAGAUUAUACAAGCAGAACAAUAUGCAAAUUGGGAAAUGCCUUGCAAACCUUUGGGAAUGUAGGAGGCUUAGUCAUGCACUUUGUGUUUCUCCAGUAAAUGAGGCAUUUAUUGCAACCUUAUCAGAGCAUUGUGGUGAAACUUCCAAAUCCAUUGAUUUCUGGAUAGGUUGUCUAAGUGGGUCCCAACCUGGACUUCUUGGAUUCCAACAGAACCUCAUAUGUUUCUUUAACACUUUCACCCAUCGCUUUAAAACUCAUGAAAGAGAUUUCAAGUCAGCUGUCCCAGUUAACAAUGUAAAACAGAUUGUCUCUGAACUCAUUUCUAGUGAUCCUGUACGCAGUCAUUCUCUCUUCCUUGCGGGGUACCUCUACUAUGAUUUGUGUGAAAGAUGCGUUUCCAGUGGACAAUUAUUUGAGGGUCUUUCAUAUGCAAAAGAAGCCUUUCAAUUGCGAAGUCAACUCUUUAAAAGAAAAUUUGCUUUCUCCAUUGAGGAGCAGGUUGAAAAAUGCAAUGAAACUGGUGACAUUGGUGAAAUUGCCCUGAAAGUUAUAAAUGGUCCAAAGGAUCUUCAAGUGCAGAGAACAGUAGCUAGUGAACUUUGGUCUUUUGACAGUAGUUCAUGGGACCUCUGUGGCUGUUAUCUUAGUCCGUGGAAUGUACUUCAAUGUUAUCUUGAAAGCAUUCUACAGGUUGGAUAUAUUAAUGAAAUGACUGGAAAUGGAGUUGAGGCUGAAACGUUUUUAGUAUGGGGAAAAUCUAUCUCGUGUUCACAGAGCUUACCACUAUUUGAAGCUACUUUUUCUUCUGUCUUGGGGAAAUUAUAUCGUAAGAAACAACUCUGGCAUUUCGCAGAGAAGGAACUGCAAAGUGCUAAACAAAUUCUGGUAGGCAGCAGCAGCUAUUAUUCCUGCAUAAAAUGCAGAUUGAUGCUGGAAAUUAAUCUCGACCAACAACUCGGUGAUUUGUUCUGUAAUCUUUUUGAUAGUACUAUCAUAAAUAAUUCAAAAGAGAGAUUAUCUCAUGCUGAAUUUCUGUACAAAUCAGCCCUUGAGAAACUGAAUCAUUCUGAGUGGAAGAGAAUCAGUUCUGAUGAAGAAAAUGAUGAGAAUAUAACAAUCAAAACAACUACCAUAAAUAGUGAAGAUGUUGCUGGCAAUGCUGCCAAUCAUCCUGCAAAUCAGCCAGAGGCAGUAGGUGCCAGAAAGAGUAGGAAAACUAAGAACGUAUCAAAAUCUGUGCUGAAGGAGCAAUAUGUGAUACCUGAACAAAGUUCAAGGGUAACUCGUUCUAGAUUUCGAUCUUCUCAAAACCAGAGCUUAAACAGUACCGGUGAAGCACAAGUUGGGCUUGCAAAACAUUCAAAUGGCAAUGUUGUGUCCAAACUCUGUGACACUUGUUCAGAAAAGGAGUCACUCUUUGAAAAAGGAAGUUGUAGGGAUGAAUUAAGGAAUGAAACUGCCUGCAUUUGUAAGAGAACUAAGUGUUGGCAGUGCCUUCCUACCGAGAUUAUGAAAUCAGGGUUACUGAACUACUUCAUAAAUAUGAAAUGGGAGUAUGCCCACAGGAAACUUUUGGUGAGGGUACUUACUGGCAUAGGAAAAUGCUUGGAAUAUCAUGGUCAAACACAUGAAUUGCACAAAGUUGUUUGGCAAAGCAUAUCUGUCCUAGUCAGCAGAAAAAGAAUUACUCAGACUUGUUCCUCUGCUCAUGAUACUUUCUUGCUUGAUUUGAUUGGGAGGGAGAUCUUGGGUGAUGUUUUUGCUGUUGAACGUGCAGCAAUCCUAUACAGCAUAGGUUGGAUAACUGUGAAGAAUAUCCAUUCUAAAGAUACCAGGGCUGUAUGCUGUGAUCUGUCCAAUGUUCAGUUAUCAAAAACGGUUCACUGGCUCAAGCUAGCCUUUGUACUCUGCCGUGAGGUUCCUGUACUUUUUCAAAAGGUUUCCAGAUUGCUUUCUGCAAUAUAUCUGCUUUCUGCCACUACUGAGCUCUUCUCUUUGCCAUCUUGCAAAGCACUCUCUGAAAGUCAUUGGGCUUCAUAUUUUCAUCAAGCUUCACUUGGUACUCAUCUUAACUACCAAUUCUUUCCAAAUACUUGUGGGAGACCCAACGCUCAAUGCUUUGUAGAUUCCAGGGACUCACAUGCAAUUGGUUCAUCUUGCCUACAUACAGAGACAUCCACCUUGUUAAGGCUUGCUCCUGAAUCCGUUAAAGAUCUUGAACAAUUUGUAAUGGACUUUUAUGCGUGCCUUCCUUGCACUGCCAUCAUCUGUAUAAGUUUGCUUGGACAUGCUUAUACUAGUUUGUUACAAGAAUUGUUACUUAACCCUUCUUGCAUUCAUGCAUGGAUGCUGUUGUCACGGUUGAAUUCUAAUAAUCAACCUGUUGUCUUGCUUCUGCCCCUGGAUUCAGUUUUAGAAGAAGUUUCAGAUGACGCUGCUCCUGAUGAUGAUAAUGCAAGAGCUUGUCAGAACUUGCGUCAGCACAUGAAUUCGGGUAAAAAGUGGCAUUGUCCUUGGGGUUCCACUGUGGUUGAUGAUGUGGCACCAGCUUUUAAAGGGAUAUUGGAAGAGAACUUUAUAACAACUUCCAACUUUCUUAUUGAAGAUACCAAAAGUACCAGGUCUUUGUGGUGGAUGAUUAGGAAGAAGGUUGAUCAGCAACUUGGUAAGCUGCUGAGUAACUUGGAAGAUUCCUGGCUGGGUCCCUGGAGGCAUGUGCUUCUUGGGGACUGCUUGGACUGCAAAAGCUUGAACAUGGUGCAUAAGAAGCUAGUGCGGGAUCUGAAAUCUAAAUGCAAAAUGGACAUAAAUGAGAGUUUCCUUAAACUUGUUCUUGGAGGUGCGAAGUAUGAUAUUGAGGAAGCAUGUUUUUCGUGGCAGUGUUUAAAGGAAGGAUGCUACAUUGGCAGGCUUGAACAUCCUGGGGAAGAAAUUUGCAGGUCUAAUGGCAUUGAUAAGGUGUCCGCGUUGGCCUCUCAACUAAUCCAUGAAGCAGUGAAUGAGCUUCAUCUGGCGGACACCAUCUCUAGGGAACCAAUAAUUUUAGUGUUGGACUAUGAUGUCCAGAUGCUUCCUUGGGAAAGUAUACCAAUACUAAGACAGCAGGAGGUUUAUCGAAUGCCUUCUGUUGGCAGUAUCUCUUUGACACUCGAGAGAAGCUGGCAUUAUCAAGAGCAAGUUGGUAGGAAUGCUGCUGUUUUUCCUUUGAUAGAUCCCUUGGAUGCAUUUUACUUGUUAAAUCCCAGUGGUGAUCUCAGCAGCACACAAGCUGAAUUUGAGAACUGGUUUAGGGAUCAAAACUUCGAGGGGAAGGCUGGCACUGUGCCGACAGCUGAAGAACUGGCUACAGCCUUGAAAAGCCAUGACCUUUUCUUAUAUUUUGGCCAUGGAAGUGGAGAGCAGUAUCUUUCCAGAAAGGAGAUUCAGGAACUGGACAAGUGUGCUGCUACCUUGCUAAUGGGUUGCAGCAGUGGUUCUCUGGUGCUAAACGGAUGCUACAUGCCAAGAGGUAUUUCACUAUCCUAUCUACGGGCAGGUUCUCCCGUUACAAUUGCCAACUUGUGGGAAGUGACAGACAAAGACAUCGACCGGUUUGGUAAGGCCGUGCUUAGUGCUUGGUUGAGCGAAAGACUGGAACCCGCAGAUUGCUCCCAGUGCGACCAACUGGUCAAAGAAUUCGAGGCAAUGAAAAUAAGAGGGCGUAGUAAAGGAACUUCCAGGAAGAAAGUGGCAAGCAGCAACAUAGACGAAACUAGUAACGGUGAUUCAUUGAAGAAUACAUGUGACCACAGACCAAAGAUCGGAUCGUUUGUGGGUCGGGCUCGUGAAACUUGCACCCUCCCUUUCUUGAACGGGGCAUCGCCAGUUUGUUAUGGUGUACCCACAGGCAUACGGAGAAAGAAAGAUUUGUCGCCAAAUUCGUAAACCUCGAACUCGGUGCUGUUUCCUAACAUUGUGUAUAAUUUGCAAAUAGGACAAGGGGUUUUUCUCAUUGCUCCCUGGCAUUUCAUUUAUUCUAUUAUUUGUGAAGGAAGUUAACCAAUAUUUCGUGGA